AUGCUCCAGAGCCUUCAAGCUGCAAGCCACACCCCAGCACAUCUACAAUUGGAUCCUCCUCGCUGGUGGGAAUUCACAAACUACCUUGUCUCAUCGUCUCCGCUAGCAGCCCGCCCCGGGCGCGAGAUCUUGGCGAAUGGCUUCAGUCCAGUCCAAUCGUGGCUGAGGCUCAACUUGACAGCGCUUGCUCUAUCGCCAAGAUCCUUCGUCACGCGAUCAAUGGAUUUCACGACUCCAAGUCCUAUCCCAAAGAUAGGGUCUUAA